AUGGAAAUUGAGGAAACGAAAAAAGAGUUGCAUAUGAAAGCGGCUGCACUGCAAUCGUUGAUGCUAGCCACACAGGAUGCAACUAAGUCGGAGCGAUUGAAGGAAGAAAAUGAAGAGAUGGCAAAGUUACUAGAAGAAACAGAGGCAGAAUUGGCAGCAGCCAAACGUGAACUUGAAACAAAGGAAGAGGAAAUUGUGCAAUUGCGGAAGUCAUCUGAAGAGAGCUCAGUAUCCUCUAAACAACUAGAAGACUUCGAAAGAAAGCUGCGAGAAGCAGAGAAAGUUUUGAAAAAUGAAGUCGCUUCGAAGGUAACCUGCUUGUGUAACUUUGGUUCUUAUCCGGGAUCAUGAAA